AUGGAGGACAUCACUUUGGUGUCCGCGAAGGAAUUGAGCGAAUGGACACGAAAAGACCCGGUGUUGGCUCGAGUGUUUCAAUGGGUCCAGCAAGGCUGGACAACACAACAACCUGAUCCAGUUUUCCGGCCUUAUGAAGUGAGGAAAACAGAACUGAGUGUGCAAGAUGGAUGCGUGUUGUGGGGGGCACGAGUGAUAAUUCCGCCCCCAGGAAGACGUGCACUUCUACAACAGCUGCACCAGGAUCAUGUGGGCAUCACCCGAAUGAAGGCCUUAGCACGAAGUUAUUUUUGGUGGCCAAAGUUGGACCACGACAUUGAAGUAGCUGUGAAAGAGUGUAAAAUCUGUCAGCAGCAUCGCAACUUACCUGUGGCGGCACCACUACACCCAUGGGAGUGGCCGAGUAGACCUUGGCAGAGACUUCAUAUAGACUAUGCCGGGCCUUUUAUGGGGGCAAUGUUUUUGAUAAUAAUGGAUGCGCAUUCUAAAUGGAUGGAUGCCUACCCAGUCAAAACACCCACUUCCACCACUACCAUUGAAUGCCUGAGAAAGAGUUUCAGUAGCCAAGGAUUACCCGAGACUAUUGUAUCAGAUAAUGCUUCAUGUUUCAUGAGUGAAGAGUUCAAGGGUUUCCUGGAAAAAAAUGGCAUUGUACACGUCACAUCAGCACCGUACCAUGCGGCUUUAAAUGGCUGUGCUGAAAGGGCUGUCCAGACCUUUAAAGCGAUGAUGAAAAAGGCUGGAGACGGAAGUAUGGCAGCCAAAGUAUCAAGGGUGUUAUUCAACUACCGUAUUACACCCCAGUCUACCACGGGAUUGUCCCCUGCCGAGAUGUUGCAAGGAUGGAGAUUAAGAUCCACGUUGGAUCUGGUGCAUCCAAACAUCCGAGCUAAGAGCACGGGUCCCCUGUCGUACCAGGUGAGGUUGAAUGGAGGUUUACUGGUGAGGAGACAUGUGGACCAGAUUCUGCGGAGUGUGCAGGAGAAGGACUCCAUGGAACUGCCAGCCCCGGAAAUGCCGUUAGUUCCGGGAGAAGGGCUCGCAGCGGCAGGAGGAUCUCCGAUCGUGGGGGCCGAGGGAGACCGCCGGGACUCAGAAGGAGGGGUUCCCAAGGACCCAACUGUUCCAGGGAUGGACACACCGGUACCAGAGAUAGUAACUGUGACACCAGAGUCACCUAGGGUGGUACCAUUGCGCCGUUCUAAGCGGGCACUGGUUAAACCUAGUUACUUGAAGGACUAUCAAUGUUACAAUUGCAUGUCUAGGUUAAAAGAGCAACCUAACUCGAUUGUGGGGGUAACCGUUUAA